UAGUGGGUCGAAAUGGAAGAGGAGUAAGAAAUUAGGAAAGAUAAGAAAUGGUGUGCGCCCGAGUUAUGUGGAUCGGCCGCAGUAGAUCCGCAUCUCACGCCACCCCUUUUCUUCUCUCUUUGCGUAACGCCAUUGGCCUGGCCCGAGAUAGUUUUCUCGCCGCACUUCCAUCCAUUUUUUUCUUCCUACUCUUUUCCUCUUUCUCGGCUGUCAAAAUCAGUAGUUUUCCUUCUCUAGUCUCUAGAAAGACUCCAACUUCAGUUUCUGCAAUGCGCUUUCUUCACCUUCUCGAUCUCUCGUACCGGGCAUGUCUUUUUUUUCUUUUCUCUCUCUCUCUCUCUGUAUGUGAAUCGUUCUCUAUAAGCUUGUUUUCUGUUGUUACGGAGUGGAAAUGAAGGAAAAUAGUUGACGUUUGAAUGGGUCUUUUAAGUUACGUCAAGAAAUUAAUACCCUUUAUGGAUAAUCCGAACACUGAAAAAUUUUAAGAUUUUUCAGAUUUGGCUCCGAUUUUUCCUCCGUGUUUUAAAAUUUUCUUCCUUUUUUCCCCCCUCCCCAUUUAAAAUUUCGUACUUUUUUUUAUGGGUUUGCUGCUAGUGAGAUCGGUCUAUUUGAUUAUUUGGGUUGCUACUGUCGGGGACUGAUCUGGGUCGAUCGCUGUGUGUGAAAUUCUUUCUAUGUUUUGUUUUCUUAUUAAAGACUUUCUGUGUUUCUUCGUCGGUAGUCUUUUUCUUUUUAGUUAAAUAUGCUUGUGAUCAUCGUCUGUUAAUCUUCUGAGUCGUAUGCUUUUGAGAAUAAAGUUUCAAACAUUUGGAGAACAUCUGCUUGAUUUUUCUGAUAAUAAUAAAACUAGAUAUUGAAUAUGUCUUUUUGGGCAAUCCAAGGAGUUGAGGAUGGUUAAUCAGUGAUGUUGAGUACACAUUUUGGUAGUCGAAGUUAGUUAAGAUUUUUUUUUUUUGCACUUUAGAAGAGGGUACUACUGUGUCCUUGGAUCAUAGUUUCUUGUGGGUGGGCUGCGAUGGUCAGACCUCUGGCCAAAUUGAUUGAACUUCACCACAAAAUUGGCAUUGCCGGCUUUUACUAGCGUCUUUUUUCGCUGUCUAGUUUCUGUUUGUCUGACCGUGUACUGUUUCAAUGGAUCCUGUGAUGUUUGACAUAGCUUUGAAACAACUUUGUGUAUUUAGUGUGGGUGACUGUCUUGCAAUUUUGGGUUAAAUUCUGAGGAACAGCAUGGCAUUUCUAUAAGCAGGAACAACUAAGACUGACUAAGCUAUAUGCUAGAAAGUUUUGCAAUGCUAACUCCACUAUCUUAUGACUGUUUAAUGACUAGCCAUCUAGCUCGCACGUAGGAUCUCUCUCUUUGUGGAGCAGUUUCAUAAGGUGACAGGUCUUGGUCAAUUGUUCGUCUGAUGCAGAAUUUUUCACCUCUUGGAAUAUAUCUUUCUCUUAGAUUACUUUGAGUUCUAAUGAGAACUCUUACCAUGUGCUUUUCAAUCUUGCAAGUUCCAAAAUGCAGGAUCCAUUUAUUAGCGAACUCUUGUUGGGAUAGGUUCUACAGUUGGAGAAGGACUUAUGGAAGUGAUCGUACCUUUAGAUUGCUUAGUUCAAAAACGUGUGGUUUUGAAGGAGGACAUAGUAAGAGAUGGAGUAGAAGGCAUGUGAGUACGAAACCGGAAGGAACAAACAAGAAUGCUCAGAGAAGUAAACCAAACAGCAUCAGUCAUGAAAUUUUGGGGGGAACAGGCUCCACAGGCACAGCUGUAAAUGUAAAUAUAAAAGAGAUUAGAGAAAUUAACGAAAUUCAAUAUUGUGAUAUUCAACAAAAAAUUGCUGGGAACAAAGACGUAACGGAUCUUGUUACAAUUAUUGUUUUUGAUAUUGAGACUACUGGCCUUAGCAGAGAGAAAGAGCGAAUUAUUGAGGUUGCACUUCAAGAUCUCUCAGGGGGUGACAACAGCACCUUUCAGACGCUAGUGAACCCUGAAUGCUAUGUUCCAAAUUCUCAUGUCCAUGGCAUUUCAACUCACAUGGUCUGCAGGCCUGAUGUUCCAAGGUAUUUUGCUCCUCAAUUACUUCAUGAUUUCUUGGUUUUCCCCCUGCCAAUAGGGGAGUCAAUCAUGACACUGGACAUCCAUUAUUGUUAUCUACUUCAUCACUUAAUUGCAGCCUCCAGCUACACACAAACACGGCUGAUGGUGGACCUGAUUCCGAUCUUACUGAAGUUUGUCCAGAGCCGUCAGAAACCUGAAGGCUAUAUCUUAUGGGUUGCACACAAUGGCCUCCGUUUUGACUUCCCCUUUCUAUUCAACGAAUUUGAACGUUGCUCUCAUGGAAUUCCCCAAAACUGGUUAUUUAUAGACACAAUUCCUCUGGCUCGUGAAUUAAUGAAAUCCAAUGGGUCAACGAUCUCCUCCGGACUUUCUCUUCAAGCUCUUCGUGAGCACUUUAAACUUCCCUUAAUUGGUUCUGCUCACAGAGCCAUGUCUGACGUGAGAUUGUUGUCGCUAAUUUUUCAAAGGUUGUCAUUUGGCUUGAAACUGCCAAUAUCUGGCAUUGUGGAAAGAUCUGUGACAGCCUCAGAUAUUACAACUAAGAAGAAGAAGAAUUCAAAAUAGGUCUUGUCACCUUUACACAUGUUAAUAGAAGAAUGUCAAUCCGUUUUUCGAUCAAUCAUCCUUGUAUCUUAUAUACUCUAGAGGAAGGACCGGAAAUAGGUCUAAUUAUUCUGACCAUUGUUGUCACCCCUUAACAUGCCAAUAAAAUGUCAAGCAGUUUUGCAUUCAAUCCAAAUUGUAUCUUACGUA